AUAUUUUACUCUUGAUAAAUAGAGAUAUGGUAAUUUUAAAUAAUAACCGGCAACAUUGCUCCUAACCUCGUUCAAUCAAUGGAAGGCCGCGUCUCUUUUUACAAUUAAACAUUAUAGCUUAAAUCGUGCGUAAACGUUAUUUUGAAGGAAUAUUGUAUUAUAAAGUACAUUAGUACUAACCGAUACACCCGUCGUAACCUAAAUAUUUGAGUUAAAUCAUUUACUAACAGUAGUAUCGUGUGAUUUAUUGAGCAGUCGUGUCGGGGUCGUACUCUUCCUAGUUUUCGUUUGUUUUCCGUGUAUCAGUGAAAUAUGGUGCGUGGUACGGGUAGAGGAGGACGUGGUAUGCCUGGGCGUGGUGGUAUGGGGCGCCCGCCGUUCAACAGGCCGAGGGUGCUGUUGUUGCGCCCUCCGUUUGAUCUGAUAAUGGCCGAGCCUGCUUUCCCUAGAUGUAAACCUGCCCCUGAUGACUCUGCGCUUACACAGGCCCUGUUAAAGAGGCAUGCAGAGCUGUGCCCGACCCCGGCGGAGCAGUCGGCUGUGCUUAGCCUGGUCACCAAGCUGCAGACGGUGCUUGACAACUUGGUGGUGGCUCCAGGAGACUUUGCUGCCUGUCAACUGGAAGAAGUGAGGCAAGUGGGCUCCUACAAGAAGGGCACUAUGAUGGCGGGCAAGAAUGUGGCCGAUAUUGUGGUCAUCAUGAAGACGCUGCCUACCAAGGAGGCUGUUGAGGGGCUCUCCAAUAAGGUGACAGAGGAGCUGAACAAGCUGCUCGCAGCCGAGGGCGGGGGCUCGGUGAGCUGCGCGUGCCACGAGCGCGGCUUCACCGCGCAGGGCGCCGCCGCCGCCGUGCGCGUGCUCGUCACCACGCUGCACCACAACCUGAGGAAGCUGGAGCCCGAGGUCCACUUGGAGUACAAGGUGAUCAGCAGCCACCUGGCCGCCAUCCGCCACAGCCGCUGGUUCGAGGAGAACGCCCACCACUCCUCCAUCAAGGUGCUGAUCCGCCUGCUGCGCGACAUGUGCGCGCGCCACGCCGGGCUGGAGCCGCUGACGCCGUGGAUGAUCGACCUGCUGGCGCACCACUGCAUCAUGAACAACCCGCAGCGGCAGGCGCUGCCCAUCGCCCAGGCGUUCAGACGUGCGCUGUCGCUGCUGGCCGGCGGGCUGUUCCUGCCGGGCUGCGCCGGGCUGUCGGACCCGUGCGAGGCGGCGCACGCGCGCGCGCACACCGCGCUCGACCUGCAGGCGCAGGACAACGCCGCCGCCACCGCGCAGACGCUCCUACGCGUGGUGGCUCGCGGCGGCCACCGCUACGUGCUCGGGCUGCAGCUGUUCGAGGGCGGCAAGGACAUCUCCGGCGAGAUCACCGUGUGGGACGGCGUCGUGGUCUCUCCGCUCGCCCCCGCCUACAGCGACGCGCCCGAGCCCAUGGACACCGACGACAAAGAAGAGCAAGACGGCGUGGCGGCUUGAACCAAACUUUCAGCAAUACUUUAAUUUUAGUGUGAUAUCUUAAAUAAGUAUCAAUUGAGACGUUACUUUAAGUACAUCGCAUAAGAUAUAUAAUAAAUUCGUAUUUGACUUUA